AUGGCGGACCCCCCACCUCUGACCCACGACCAGCUUCCCGAGGAGAGCAUUUAUCUGCUUGAUGGGACGUCGAUGCUGUUCAGGGCGUUCUACGGCCGCGGAGCCGGCGGGUACUUGGCCUCCAACGGCGCAACGGAGGUAGGCGCCGUGCUGGCCAUGGGGAUAGAGUUCGCGCAGUUCAUCAAUGAGGUAAAGCCACGAUAUGUCGCCAUGGCCUUCGACGUGGGGCGAGAAACAACCUUCCGACGAAAGCUGUACCCGCAGUACAAGGCACAAAGAAAGCCUGUACCGUUGGACUUGACAUUACAGAUUCCGCUCGCGAAGGCGCUUUCGGAGGCCCUGGGGUGCCGUACGUUCGAGAUGGAGGGCUACGAGGCCGACGAUGUCAUGGCCACGCUUGCCCGGUGGGGGCGCUCAGUGGGACUGGGAGUGGUGGUGUGCUCCUCUGACAAAGACAUGUGCCAGCUUGUCAGAGAUCGUGUCCACGUCAUGCAACCAAGGAGGGACGGUUACACCAUUCUGGGCAGCGAUGAGGUCUUGGCGAAGUUCGGGGUACAGCCGUCAGCACUCCCUGACCUGUUCGGCCUGAUCGGUGAUGUGGCCGACAACAUCCCUGGUGUGAAGGGCAUCGGGCCUAAGGGCGGGUCUCGACUGCUCGAAAAGUUCGAGACCCUUGAAGGCGUGUUUGCGGGCUUGGAUGGCGUCGGCAGCAUGGGGAUCCGGGGCUCCAAGGGGUUGCAGACUUUGCUGAGUCAACCCGGUAUCCAAGAAGAGGCGAUGCUGUACCGGGAAAUCGCCACGCUGGACGAUGAGGGGAGCGUCUCCGGAAGCUGAGGGGGUCAUGUCAGCCCUGGGGUUCCAAGCGCCGCUAAGAAUGAUCCAGGAAGGUUCCAAGCGACCCUCCGCGCGGGCUUCGACAGUUUGAGGCGACCACGUGUGGGCAGCGAUGGGAUAGAAGCAGGCGAAGCACAACGAUGUUGUUUCUUGGGAGACCGCAUGAAGUUCACGAGGCUUGACAAGAGGUGGUUGGUGCCCAAGCAAAAUUGUCUUUGUUAUCUCCUAGGGUUGUCAGUGUGUUUCGGUGGAAAGGUAUGUGCCGCCCAAGCAAGGUUAUUGGUUGUUGGUCCGGUGAUCCGUGAUGUUGAAACUGUGUUUUCGUUGCCCCCGUCCGCCGGAGAAACACUCCUCGAACCAGCACGAGAUACAGCUCAUUCAAGAAGCCACCUUUACCCCGGUCGUGAAGUGUACCGUUUGAUUUUCUAAGGGGAAUUGCGCUAGCGUUCGACUAGUCACAAACUGGAAUAGUGUGGCGUGCAUUUGAGCUCGCCCCCCCCGCAAUCCCCCAAACAAUCGAUGUAUGCAACUGGCGUUUUUACGUCGGGUAGCACAGGUCUGCCCUCUCGCAGGUCGACCUGCUAACGCCGUAAGUGUGGUAGAUGUGUCGGCCCGUGGUGCGGGUAGUUUGGUGUGUUUUGGCGUUGUUUUUAAUUCGUUUGAUAGGGCUGGCAGGGAUUGGUAAGGUGGAAGAUAGCUUGCCGGCUUGUGUCUCUUUUCUGACACCACCUUUCACCCUGCUGAGCGAUGCCAUGGAGGUUCUCAUUGUUGCGUAGGCGAGAAUCGGGCGCAGAUGAUAUUUAGAACCGUGUCGGUGUGCGCAAUAUUCACCGCGGGGGGAGAUAGUAAAUUGAAUAGCUUUACUGAUGUAUCAAUUGGCGGAAGAAUAUGCAAUUGCGUACAACACGCGGGCGAAAGCGAUUAGAAACUAUUUGUUCAGGGUUGUCUCUGGAUGAGGCACAGACAGCAGGUUGGCUCUGUUGUCUGAUCGAUUUGUGAUUUUGUUUUGCCUGCUCCAUCAGCCAUGAUGAAGCAGGCAAAACAAAAUGAGCGUGGGAGAGGAGAUGGGCCAGAGAAUCGGUGUAACUUGGUGCGUCAAAACCGGCACUCUGAGUAGUGCUUUGCAGAUAUGCGGGUUCAGCUGUGCCAUGGCUCUACUUGUAGUCUUCCUGAUCUCGCUCGCAUGACCCUCUAUGCUUUGACGGGUGGUACGUCCACAGGUGGUGGUCGGCGAUGUGUCUGAAUCCUACAGACUUGCCUAAAUUCUGCAGUUCACAGGCCACAGACACAUGCGAUGCAUUGCUGUAGCUGUCUGUUGUUGUUGUUGUU